AUGGCAGGGCCAUCUCUGCCUCCAGACAUGGUCCUCGCCUACAAGCAGUACAAGCAAGAUACCGAGACCGUGGCAGGAUGGCUGGCGAAGAACUCCGCUGCGGCGGGCUACAAAUCAGACACCGUCUCUGCUUCACGUGACAAAGGACCCAAGGUUGCUGCAAAAUCUCAGAGAAUCACUCGAGGCAAUACUGAAAAGCCUCGACGGCCAAAAGCUCCCAAGCCUAUCUCCACUGUCAAGACUGCCGAGUUGGUCGAGAUGGCCAAAUGCAUCGUCAAAGCCAAGCCAAAGGUCGUCCUCAGUCGAACUCUGCAGACAACCUGGGGACGCACUAUUCGAGCCAGGCGGGAAUUUUCUCGAUGGUUUAGGAGCAAAGCUGCCACCAGCGUUGUCGUCGACGAAAAACACUCUCAUUUUGCUUCCGUUCUCGAACUUGCACUCGAAACGCUUAAGCCCUGCUACGAACCGGUGAAGGAGUCAAGACCAGCCCUGCAAAAGAAAGAUGCCAAUCAAGCAACACCCCUGCACCCUGUCACCAACAUCUUCCAGCAUCUCGAGGUCGAGGAUGUCCUUUCCGAAGAAGAGCUGGACCAAGAAGGCACAACAGCUGUCGUCUAUCCCGAAGCCAAGCCCGAGGCUCCUCGUGCUCAGAUUGAUUUCGAUGACAAGGAAGCUGAGUCCGAGUUCCUGUUCGCCAUCUGGUCGUUCAUGCGGGAAGUCUUCGCCGUACGGAUCUAUGUUUCCUCGACUUGGCAACUGUAUGCUAGUGGGAACCUCGAAUUGAUGCAGGCUGCCAGUGUCACCAACCUUGCAGUCGAUCUGGUUCGCAGAGCUGAGGCCGACUUUGAGGCCAGCCUACAACGCCCGCCAGCAUACCCCAGCGCGAAAUACCCGACAGGCUCUCUACCCUCUCUCAUUUUCAAACUUCAUCUCCCCCCCGCAGAUCAGUGCAUAGCACCUGUCGACACCGACUUGCCAAUGAUGAUUAUCAUUUGUGGUUGCGCGAUCUGUGAUUUCCUCCUCUACGUGCCAUGGGCCAUGGCCAAGUCAUACAUCCACAUACUCAAAGACGAACCACCAACAUUUCCGAGCUCAAACAAUGAUUUUCGCGUCCAGGUACCGGGGUUUCCAGACAGCACCAUUCGUGGCUCGGAAUUCUACCACGCCCAGAAUCCAAGUCAAAAAGCGCAGGCAGAGCUGUCCGAAAUCUUACCGCACUUCUCCAUGCUUUCACUGAUGCUCCGGGGCAAGUUCAUUGAGGAUGAGAUUCUGCACGCGGCCAGGCAUAUCCUCGAGAACCACAACGUCCCAAUUUGGGUCAGCCUAGCGCUGCAAAUCCAGCUUGAUAUUCAGAGACUGAGCGAGACCAAAAGUCUCCGCGCUUUUCGGGACUUGAAGGAAGCCUACGAAGUGAUUAAAUUUCGAGCCGAGGAAUACCAGAAAUGGCAUGAAUCACUCGGGGUUGAGAUAUGGGACAAAUCAUGGCACAGCCAGAUUCGCAUAUUGGUUGAUCAGUUUGGGGAAUGGAUCAAAGGCAAGAAUUGCGGCAAGUCUGACGGCAAAGAGGUACUGCAACGGGUCGACGCAGGAUUCAAUAUGACAGACGCUGUCAGAGCCAGUGGAAGGGUUCCACUGCUAGAAUACUUCCCGGUCACCUGUGGGAUGAUGAAAACAGAUCUUCAGCUGGAAUGGCAUACUUUGGGCCUGAAGCUUGUCAACAAAACAGCUCAUGUCCCGAUGCUCUGUCACCUUUACAAUGCUCUGCGUAUCGUGGACCCUCAGUCGCCUGUCUGGCCGGACAUGGAGCUUCUGAUUCGCAACCAGAACCCUGGGAAAAUCUUCAUGGGUGGCCGCCCUGGGACGCUUGUUCAAGCUCGAAACAGAUUUUUGCUCAGCAUCGGCGCCUCCGCUGCAAGCCUGGGCAAAGAUUCCCGAAAGAUUCGGUUCAGAAAAGACAACCCCGGGAUGCGAGAGUAUGAACAGUCUUCGAUUGCCAGAAACCUCUUUGAUCGUUGGAUGGGUCAAGAGACGCGGAAGAUCGACGAAGCUGCAUACCGACUCCAGGAGCUUCUUUUUGGUCGCAGAUAUCGCGAGGACCUUGAGCGUAAUCUCUACGUGACAAUUUCCUCUCCAGCGCAAACGUACCCUCACAAGUCGCUUGCAACACUGCAGACUAAGAUGGUUCGCAUUCUGGGCAGGCUAUCUGAAGGUUUCUCGGCCGAGAUGCCAGCGCUAAUGUUUGACUUUUUCUCUAUGGAGCGACGAUGCUUUGCAGUCUUUGAACAACUUGUCGAAGAUUUCCAGACCUCGGAAGAAGGCGGCCUGCGCUCUACCAGGCUGGCUCGGAACCCAGCUCUCAACCCUGUUGAAAUUGCAUUCGACGUUUUCAAUGACUCUGUGGGUUCCGAGAGGAUGGUCCACUGUCUUGCUUCGAAGAACCGGGCCACAAACAGAGCUCAAGGGCCGGCGGUGGCAAAGCAUAUGAAGUCGAUGAUUCCCCAGUUCCAGGACGAAACUAGUCAAGCGUACCUUAGUCAGGCCUUGACACUGAUCCGCAACGGCCGCAUCGGCGACGUCUUCGGAGAAUACGCCGAUCUUUCUGAGUAUCCGACGGCAGCAAGACUUCUCAACCCAAUCCGUCUACGUAUCGAGAGUCUUGUCAAGCAGCGCAAAGGGGAUGCAGAGCUGGUCGAAUUGCGGAGACAGGUGGGAACCAAGGACUAUGGGAUCUCUCUCUUUCGCCGUUCAAGCCUGGAGGCAUUGUAUGGCCCUGGAAAAGAGCAAUCCUGGAAGGAUAUUGUGGUUGCCGAGAACGUGAUCGACGAGGCCAUGCUGCGCAAGGCCGACAACCCCGUCUUGUACCUGGUUGCUUUGCUAUUUCUCCACCAGAAGAAGAUUAUGUGCGGGACGGGUGAAGACUCUUAUGAGAAGAGCGGCCUCAGGUCUAACGAUGUCAAGGAUCUCGAGCGUCAGAUCAGAGAAAAAUGGUUCAAUGGGAAUACCAGCAAGUGGGAGGAUAUGACACAGCCGGACAAAGAAGAUUGGGAGAAAUGGGAAGGGAUCUAUGGUAGGGAAGGUCGACUGGCUCCUCAGCUGAGGAUAAAGUGACAUUCGAGGGUGCACUCGACUGAAAAUGGGACCGUCUGCCUGAUGAGAGACCUAGGACGAAGAAGUGUGGAGGCUAUGAG